CCGAGGGCCACGCGUGGCCCGCAGCGGGGCACCGAAGCGGCCGCCCUUCUCACCCCCAUGCCGCGGCCACCUCCCCGGGCGCGCCCCGCGGCGCGCGCGCGCCUGGGCGCUGCGCGCCCGCGCGCGCUUGCGGGAGGCCGGUGGCCUGCAUGGCGGGCGGCGCCGGGGACGAUGAGGCCGCGUGGAUCGAGGCCGAGCUGCAGCGAGAGCUGGACGCGAUGGGCCCCGUCUCGGACGACUCGGACGGCGAGCUGGGCCUCGAGGGCGGCGAGCCGCGGCCCUCCGGGCGGCGGGCCUCCGAGGAGGAGUGCCUCGCCUGCGGCGGCAGCGGGUGCGGCCUGUGCCGGAAGGCCGCCGGCCCGGACGACGGAGCGGAGCGCGGGCCGCCGGCCAGCUUCCAGGAGCUCGCGCGCCGCCUGCAGGAGUGGGGGGAGGCCAUGCAGGAGGACCUCGCCGAGGAGCAGCGGGUGGCCGCGCGCGCCGCCGAGAGCCUGGAGGAGGCCGUGCGGGAGCAGCCGCCCGAGCCCGAGGGCCUCGCGGAGAGGGCGGCCAGCGGCCUCGAGGCCGGCGAGGCCGCGGAGCUGAGCGAGCUGGAGCGGGCGGCGCUCGGCGAGGCCGCCGCCGAGGUCGCGAGGAUGCGGCAGCAGGCCAGGGAGGAUGCGGCAGCGGGCGGCAGCGGACGAGCAGGAGGGCGCAGCGCAGCGCGCCGAGCUGGAGGAGGGCCGCGCGCCGCGGGCCGCGCUGGAGGAGCUGGACCUGGAGCGCCAGGUCGAGGAGGAGCGGCGGGAGCGCGUGCAGGAGCUGGAGAGGCGCGAGCUGGAGGCCGCUGAGCGGCUCCGCAGGGAGGAGCGGGCGCGUCGGGAGGAGGAGGACCAGACCCGCGAGCAGAUCCGCAUGCACUCCGAGGAGAUGCUCGAGCGGGAGUUCUGCCGCCUCCUGAGGAGGGAGCGGCGCGCGCUCGAGGCGGAGGACCGUCGCGCAGCCCGCCUGCGCGACGGGCAGCGGGCCGCGGAGGAGAGGGCCGCCAGGGACCGCGAGGCCAUCGAGCGAGCCGCGAUGUCCAGGGAGGAGGCGCUCGCGUCGAGGGUGCGGGAGCGUGAGCGCGAGGUCCUGGAGGCCGCGGCGCUCCUGGCACAGGACCUGGAGAGCGCUUCCUGGCGCGACCGCGUGCGGGCCGAGGAGCAGAGGUGCUGGGAGGAGCAGCGCCUCCGGGAGGACCGCCGCCGCAUGGCGCUGGGCGACGACCAGUCGCGGCGAUGGGAGGACAACGCCCGGGCGCUGUACGAGGCCCGCCGGAUGGCCACCGAGGACACGCACUCGCUGGCGCUGAGGCACAUCGAGCCAGAAGCCGCCGUACGCAGGAGGAGGCUUGCCUUGGACGCCGCCUCCGAUCUGCACUUCGACAGCCUCCCGGUUUCUGCGGCACCGCCAGGCAGCAAGCCAGCAGGGCUGCUGGCGGCGCUCCUGCGCCCGGGCCAGAAGGCUGCAGCAGCGGCGGCGGGCGCUGGCCCGCAGGUGGAGCCCCGCACGGGCGACGGCGGCCCAGGCCCCCCCGAGGCCCACCGCCUGGACCCCUGGGCGGGCACCGCUGCCUCCCGAGUGGAUCGCGCAGCGGCUGGGCGUGGACGGCGUGGACGCGCUCCGCUGCUGCGGAGCCUCGGUGGCAUGAGUGUCGAGCUCGUGCCGCCGCUGCUCGAGUGCUGCGCGGCCUCGGGCCACCGGCCGGACAGCCUCCGCGAGGACUGCGCCUCCUGCAGGGCCUACCGGCAGGCGCGUCGCGACCACGACUUCGCCCUGUCCGCGCUGGAGGCGGCCAAUGCUGCGACGGCCACGCCGUCGUCGUCCUCUGCGUCCGGUGCCGCCCAGCGCGGCGGCGGCCCGCCGGCCGGUGCCGGCUCCGCCGGCGCCUGCGGCGGCGAGCUGUGCCGGUGCCUCGCGGAGGACGCCGUGCGCUGGGGCGGCGGGUCGCUGCAGGCCCGGCGGCGCGGGCCGGCCGAGGCCGCUGCCGCGGCCCCGCGCGCCCGCUGGCCGCGCGGAGAGCCGCUGCGGGCGGCGGCGGUCUUGCCGGGCGUCGAGGCGGGCGAGCUGUUAGACGGCAUGCCUGCUGGGGACCUGGUGCGGUUGGAGCUCCGGAUGGAGAGCCUGGAGGACAUCCCAGCUCUUGGGUGCGCCCCGGAGCUGCGCAUUCUUCUGCUGACGGGCAAUCGCUUGAGGGACUUGGCCCCGCUCGUGCACUGCCCGCGCCUGGAGGAGCUCUCGCUCUGUCAGAACUCGCUCACGUCCCUGAGAGGCGUUCAGGGCUUGUCGAGGCUGGUCGUACUGAAAGCCACGAUGAAUGAGCUCACCGACGCGUCGGACCUAUCUGGGCUUAGGGCUCUGCGGCACGUCGAGCUCAGCAAGAAUCGGCUGGAAGAGGUGCAGCUCCGAGCACCCGGCCUCGCCAGGCUCGUCCUGUGUCGCAAUGCGCUCUCGUCCGCUGAGUUCUUAGAGCACCUCCCGUCGCUGACAGAGCUGGACCUCGGCAGGAACAGGAUCACCUCUCUGGACUCGAGGGUGUCGGAGUGGAACCCUUUGCUCAUCAAGCUGUUUCUCUACGAGAACAGAAUCGGGGCGCUUCCGAAGUUCAGGCUGCCACUGCUCACAGACCUCUGGCUGGACGGCAACUCCCUGGAGGCCCUCGGGCCCCUCGGCUUCCUGCCCUCCCUCGAGCGGCUGCAGGCCAACAACAACCAGAUACGCGCGCUGGCCUCGCCCAUCGCCGCGAGCCCCCUGCUGCAGGCGCUGCAGCUGGCCUUCAACCAGCUCGGCCCCUCGGAGCCUCCGAGGGCGGUCCCUCUGCACCCGAGGCUCCGCCACCUGCAGCUCAACGACAACCCGGUGGCCUCCGAGCUCAUGGAGGCGUACCGGCCCUGGGCCCUGCGGCUGGCCCCGCAGCUGGAGGAGCUCGACAACGAGCCCGUCACGGAGGGCGAGCGGCUCACCGCCGUGGCCGCGCAGGCCGCCGCCGACCCCUCGCUGCCGCACUGCCUGGCCGCCGCGGCGGCCGCGGGCGGCGGGCUGCCCACGGCGCCGCUGGCCGAGGGCCGCUCGGCGGCGGCCCCUGCCGCCGCGCGGCGGGGCGCGGAGGGAGCGGGCGGCCUGCUGGGGCUCGUCGCGGCCGCCUCGGUGGCAGGCGGCUCGCCCGCGGCUGGAGCAGGCGAGGAGUGGGCGCCGUCGGCGGGCAGCGCUGCCCCGGUGCGCCGUGGUGCUGCCCCCUCGGGGCUCGACGCGCGCGGCGUGAUGGGCGUGCAGCGCGCCGCCUGUCUGGGGCGCUGGCGCGCGGCGGCCUCGGGCGGCCAUGCUGGCGAGGGCGGCUGCGAGAUGUGCAGGCUGACCGCCUGGUGCGGUGCCGCGGCGUCCUCGCGCAACGCGGCGCUCGUGGCCAACAGCAGGGAGGAGCGGCGCAGCACCACGCCCGCGGCGGCCGGCAGCGGAGUGCUCCGCGAGGAGGCGCUGCUCGUGCUGCGGAGGCGGCGGGACUUCUGGGCUUCCUUCCUGGACGCCUGCGGCAGCCACUACGACGCCCUCUCCCCGUGGCGAGGCGCUGGUCACCCGGGGGCGGGCGUGUGCAGGCUCGGGGCCUUCGAGGUGCCAGGAGCGGAGAGGUCAAUGCACCAGGUGGCGCUGCUGCUGCAGGCGCGGCGGCGUGGCGCGCUGGGCAGGCGGCGGGCCGCAGACAGGCGGCUGCGGCGCAGGUGCGCCAGUCUCUCGGACGCUCAUGUCAAGCAGCUGACCUCCGUGCAGGCACGCUGGCGUGGAGCCAGGGCGCGCUCUCGGCUGCGAGCCUGCGGGGCACCGCUGCCUGGGGACGAGUGGCGGGCCACGCGCGCCCGCGCGGCGGCAAAGCUGCAGGCGGCCGCGCGGGGGUGGCGCACCAGGCGCGCGCUGCGCCGGGCACGCGAGGCUGCCAGGGCGGCGGCGGCGGCCGAGGACGACCUGGAGGAGAUGCCCGAGAUCGACCUCGGUUGGGCCGAGGAUGCCGCGGACAUGGCGGACCCGUUCGCACUGCACCUGCCAUCGCCGUCCGCGGCCCGAGCUCUGCUCCCGCGGGCGCCACCGGCGCCCGCCCAGCCGCAGGGCGCCGCCGGUGCGGCGGGCGCGCGCGACCUGCUGCAGAGGCUGCCCGCCGACGGCCCUGCGGGAGCCGCUGGCGCGGGCGGCGCGCCCGCGAUGGCCUGGGGCACGCCCCCGGGGUCGGCCUCGAACCCGCCCGCUGGCCAGCGGCACUCGCGCCCCGCGUCUCCCAGCCUCGCGGGCUCCCCGGGCAGCAGCCGCUCCGGUGCCGAGCCCCUGCGCCGCGCGCGCUCCUUGUGCUCCACGGCGGAGUCGGCGAGGCCCGUGACGCCCGACGGCCACCGCCACGUGAGCCGUGUGGUUCAGGUGCGGGAGGAGUGGGGCUUCACGGACGACGAGACCGCGCGGCGCUUCCUGCAGGCCAAGGGCCACCGGCAGCAGCGGCCGCC